AUGAGCAGUAUUAAUGAAGGUCCCUAUAACUCGCCAACGUUUGGAAAAUCAUUAUCAUUAAAAGUAGAUGGAGGAUUCAACGCCGUGUCUAUCAAUCCCUCUGGUAGGGAUGUUGUUCUGGCCAGCCGGCAAGGUCUUUAUAUUAUCGAUUUGGACGAUCCGUUUACACCUCCAAGGUGGUUACACCACAUUACACCAUGGCAAGUUGCCGACGUGCAAUGGUCACCGCAUCCUGCGAAACCAUAUUGGAUUGUUUCAACAUCAAACCAAAAAGCAAUCAUAUGGAAUUUAGCAAAAUCCUCGUCGAACGCAAUUGAGUUUGUGCUGCAUGGCCACUCCAGGGCAAUCACGGAUAUAAAUUUCAAUCCACAGCAUCCUGAUGUUUUGGCUACCUGUUCGGUUGACACGUAUGUCCAUGCUUGGGAUAUGAGAAGUCCUCAUAGGCCUUUUUAUUCGACAAGUUCGUGGAGGUCUGCUGCUUCCCAAGUUAAAUGGAACUAUAAAGAUCCUAAUGUCCUCGCAUCAUCACAUGGAAACGAUAUAUUCGUAUGGGAUUUAAGAAAAGGCUCCACUCCACUAUGCUCUUUAAAGGGUCAUGUAAGUUCAGUGAAUAGUAUAGAUUUCAACAGGUUCAAGUCCACAGAAUUAAUGUCAAGUUCGAAUGACGGAACAGUAAAAUUCUGGGACUAUUCAAAAAGUACAACAGAAUCUAAGAGAACAGUAACAACUAAUUUUCCAAUUUGGAGAGGACGCUACCUACCAUUUGGAGAAGGUUAUUGUAUCAUGCCAAUGGUUGGAGGCAAUAAUGCAGUGUAUUUGGUAAACCUAUGCGACGACGAUGACAAUGAAGAAAACAAGAAAACAAAACUUCAGCCCAUAUACGCAUUCAAGGGCCACAAUGAUCGGGUGAUUGACUUUCUUUGGAGGUCAAGGCACACGUACAAUGGAGAUUAUGAUGACCGUGAAUUUCAACUGGUUACGUGGUCUAAGGAUUGCGAUUUGAAACUAUGGCCAAUGUCUGACAAUAUUUAUGGGAAGGUUAAUUUUGAUAGAACAAAAAGACUCGAAGAAAAACUACCAGACUACGAUUACUGUUCGUACAAUAAGGAAUCUGAUAAUAGAGAAAAUGUUCAAAAAAAUGAAUUCAAGCGAAUACGAGAAAAUUUCAUAACGACUUCUGGUUUGAAGAAAAAUAAGGCCAACCAUAUUACUUGGCUCUCAGGGAUCAGAAUGAAUAACGCCAAUUCCCAAGAGGAUUUAUUCAAUGAGACUAAAAUUCAAAAUCUAGGGGAGGAAGUAAGUGCAAUUGGUCACAAAUUCCCAAAAGUGGUAUUUGAAAAGAUUUCAGUCUCCACACGAGAAUUAUGUCUGACCCUCAAUGGCCCUUGGUCAGAGGAAAAUCCUGAUGAAUAUGUUUUCUUGCGUAUAAGCAUCGACUUUUCUCCUAACUAUCCAAGCAAAGGAAACCCCCCAAAGUUUAUAAUAGAGGAAAAUGCAAACCUGACUUCGAGCAAGAGGCAAGAAAUACUAUCCAAUCUGGCUACUAUUGGUCAAAAAUAUACCGAUUCAAAUUAUUAUUGCUUGGAACCGUGCAUACGUUUUGUUUUAGGCGAGAAGGUUAGCUUGGAUGAUAUCGGAGACGGCCAGGAACCCUUACUAAAUUUUGAUAUUGCUGAUCAUAUAGAUUUCGAAGACUUAUCCUCCUUAGAUAGUUCAUAUUCUGAUUCACAAAAUUUGGAGAACCUUUCUUCUCAAUCUGACACAGAAUCUUACAAGGAAGCAUUGGUAUUCCCUGACGCAUCGAAUCCGGGUUUAAAUUUUGGAAGAAACCUAGCUUUAGAUACAACACCGGUUCCAAAUGGAUGCGGUUCUUGUUGGACUGCAACAGGGCAACUUUUAUGCUUUUUCGCAAACGACAAAAAACCUGAGAAAAAGCAAAACACAAUAGCCAAAUUGUCCCAAAAAGACACAGUAUUGGAAAGGCAUCCAUUUAAAGUAGAACCUCAAAUUUUUUAUGAUAAAGAAGCCGAUGGUAAUGAAACCACUGCUAUUGAUGUUAAGGCUCGUCCCAAGCGUUAUGUUGACRCAUUGGGUCUAGGAGGCAGCAAUAAUGGCGAUUCGAGAACAUAUUCAGAAGAUGAAUCAUCUUCUGAUGAUUCGUUUGACAGUGUUGCCGAUGAUUGGGAUGAUAUAUUAAGAAACGAUAUAAUAGUAAGAACUAAAAUUCCAAUUCUAAGAGGUAACUUCAGAGCUUUCAGUUCAGUGCAUUCUGAAUCUGGGAAAACAGUAGAAUCUACUAAGAAAAAUAAGAACGUGAUAGUUUCUAAAGACUUUAGUAGUUUACUAAGUGACCGCAAGGAACUAGCAUUAGAAUACCUAUUCAUGGAUGUUACGCCAGAAGAAUUCGCUAGAAAUAACGCCUUAGUGGCAGAAAAGUAUGAGCUUGACGAAAUUAGCCAUUGCUGGCAAAUUUUAUCUGAUAUGCUGAUAGAUCAAAAUGAUUGCGACCCCUAUAAUACAAUCUGGAAUAACCAUCCUAUGGGGAUAAAAUGGUUUAUAAAAGAAGCAAUCAUUUAUUUUGAAAGACAACAAAACUUACAAAUGCUAGCUAUGUUAUGCUGUGUGAUCUUGAGCGCUAGAAAGAGAGUGAACUCAACAUAUAAUGCCGACGGAUAUUAUGGGCAAGACUUAGAUAACACGGAAGGUAUGAUUGUGUUUAAUGACAAUGAAAGCCAAAACACAUCGUUCUGGAAGGGAUCAGACACUUUUUCAACCAGAUCUAGAAGUAGCACUGUAACACCAAAUUCUUAUGCUUCUCAUUUGAGAGGAAAAAACGUCUACGCAGGUGACAAUGCUUCCAUAAGGUCCGAUGAUUACCAUGCUCGGCUAAAAUCGCAUAAUACAUUAAGUGGUAGCAACAGAUUUUCCGAGCCAGCUCAGAAACAAAAUACUCGUGCAACCCCGUCCGGCGCCUUUCGCAAUAAAAUGCCUGAUAUUAAGGUCGAGCUCUUACAUGACGAUAUCAUAGACGCUUAUGAACAGGAGGAUUUCUUGCACUUGGAGCCAUCAGACAUACCAAAAUUUCAAACUUAUAUUUACCAGUAUUCAAAACUUCUUUUUAGAUGGGAACUACCCUUAGAAAGGGUUAAAAUAUUAAAAGUGAGCACAGACUUUAAAAGUUCUUAUAGUACUCCUGGAAGUGUCUCUACCAAUAAUGAAAACAGUCCUUAUAAUAGAAUACUUACUCAUUGGAUCGAAAACGAGAAGCUUGGAGAGGAAAAGUUUAUCGCUCGAAAUUGUAACUAUUGUAAUUUGAGAGUGACAAGGAGUAGUUUUAUAUGUGGCAAUUGUCAACAUGUUUUACAUUCCGCGUGUGCGAGAACAUGGUGGGAGAUCGGCGACGAAUGUCCAUCUGGAUGUGGAUGUAAUUGUCCAGAUAUGUUUGAUGCCUAA